AUGAGCGAAAUGGAAUACUAUAUUGGAUUCGAUGUCGGUACAGGCUCAGGCAGAGCUUGUCUGGUAGAUAAGAAUGGAAAAUUGAUCGCUGAGCAUUCAGAGGCAACUCUCACUCAUAGAUCACCAACCGACCAUCGAAUCUUCGAACAAUCCACAUCCAACAUCUGGUCAUCUCUUUCCAAGUGCUGUAAGACCAUCUUGGCUUCUUCCGGUAUAGACCCCAAACAAGUCAAGGGAAUAGGAUUCGACGCUACCUGUUCCCUCGCCGUGGUUAACAAAGAUGGUAGACCCGUUUCAGUCUCGCGAACAGGUUUAUCCGAGGAUGAUGAGAAGGAUGAAAACUUGGGUAGAGAAGAUGCGGAGAAGGACGUAUGGAAUGUCAUUCUCUGGGCGGAUCAUCGAGCUGAGGAAGAAGCUGAGAAAAUCAAUUCUACCGGAGAGGGAGUAUUGGGCUUUGUAGGGAAGACUAUGAGUCUCGAAAUGGAGAUCCCAAAGACUCUGUGGUUAUCGAAACAUAUGAAAUCUGAUAAAUUCAAAAACUCCAUGUUCUUUGAUUUACCAGAUUGGUUGACCUACAAUGCAACCUCCUCAUUGGCCAGAUCAGCAUGUUCCCUCACUUGUAAAUGCUCGUUCGUACCACCCGGAGCGAAGAUGGUACAUGAGUGCGACGGGAAUAAAGAAGAGGUCAGUAAAGAUGGUUGGUCAGCUAGGUUCUUCAACAAAAUUGGCCUCGAACAAAUGGUUGAAAAUGAUUUCGAACAACUAGGUGGUAUACCAGGUAAAAACGGUUUGGUCCUGACUGCUGGUCAGCCAGUUGGUAAAGGUUUGAGCAAAGCUGCUGCGGAAUCGUUAGGUUUGGUAGAGGGUACUGCUGUAGGAAGCGGUGUCAUUGAUGCAUACGCAGGAUGGAUCGGUACUGUAGCCGCUGCCCAGGGCGAAGGACAGCCUAAGCCCAGUCUUGAAGAUGCAAGUUCAAGAUUGGCUGCUAUUGCCGGUACGAGUACUUGUCAUAUUGCUCAGAGCAAGGAAGGUAUCUUGUGGGGUCCUUAUCGAGAUGCUGUCUUCCCUGGAUUAUGGAUGAACGAAGGUGGUCAAUCAUCCACUGGACAGCUCAUCGACUUCAUGAUGCAAACUCAUCCUGCGUACCCUAAAUUAGUCGAAUUAUCCAAGAAAUCAGGUAAAAGCACUUUCGAGUUAUUAGGCGAUAGGUUGGAGGAAAUGAUGAAAGAGAAGAAUGCACCUACUCUGACUCAUCUCACCAAGGAUUUACAUUUCUAUCCUGAUUUGGUGAGUCAUAUUCCGGCUAUGAUUGUAAAUAAGAUCAAUCUGACUGAUUUUCAUCCUGUGUUCAUAGCACGCUCAUUUUGUGGUUUAUCAGGAAACCGAUCCCCUCUAGCCGAUCCUCGAAUGAAAGGUUCCAUCGUCGGAUUGACCUUGGACGAUAGUUUGAGUGAUUUGGCAGCUAAGUUCAACGUCACGCUUGAGGCAAUCGCGCUUCAAACGAGACAUAUUGUAGAUGAGAUGAACGCCAAGGGACAUAAGAUUGAUUCGAUCUAUAUGAGUGGCUCUCAAGCCAAGAACGGACCACUCAUGCGACUUCUAUCUACCGUUCUCCAAAUGCCCGUCAUCAUCCCACCUCAACCUUCUGCUGCGGUCGUCCUGGGAGCAGCGAUGUUAGGUAAAUACGCAUAUGACAUUUCGCUGGAGAGACAAUCUCAAGAGAUAACCUCGCAGGAGGAAGCGAAAGCUGCGAGUGAAAAGGAUAAAAACAAAUUAUGGGACGUUAUGGUUUCCAUGACUCAUCCUGGCAAGACUGUCGAACCUCGUUCCGACGAGUUGGGAGAGAAGGAGAGAAAAUUGUUAGAUGUUAAAUAUAAGAUUUUCAGAGAGGCUGUGGAGGUGCAGAGGAAAUGGAGGGAAAUGAUUGCUCAGGCUGUGUAA